AUGAUUCACGGUCCCAAUUCCCAAUUUUCAGGAGCAUAUACUAUUGGUAAACGAUACGAAUCUGCCAUUUACUAAACUAAUCCAAAUCCAGGUCCAAAUCACUACUCUAUUAAUCCAAUUGAUAAACCCAUAGGGUUCAAAUUUUCAAAAUCGAAUAGAAAACCCUUAUAUUAACCUAGUAUAGCACCAGAUCCUGGAGCAUAUGAUCUAAAAUUUUAGACAAUCUCCUAAACUUCACCCUCAGCCGUAUUUACAACUGCCAAAGAUCACUAGGAACGAGUAUUUGAAAUUGGUCCUGGAUCUUAUAAUUGGACUGAUUAAAAAAAGGCUCCAGCAUUUACCUUUCAAAGCAAAUUCGAUUCUAUUGGUAAUCAGAUAUUACAAAAUCCUGGUCCAGGAACUUAUGAAAUUAAACAUUACCAUACUCAUUAGCCUUAAAAUAAGGGUUUAUCAACGAGCUAGAGGGCUAAUCAUUUAACAUCAAGUACUCCAGGACCAGGAUCAUACGAUGUCGAAAUACCUAAAUACUCAACUAAUAUUAAAUUUCCAAAAUCAUAGAGAAGCUUAGAAUAAAGUGAAUUUGGACCUGGCCCAGGAGCUUUUGAUUUGAGUAUACCAAAACAAUAAGGAAUAACUUUUGGAGUUAAAGGGAAUCAACAAACUGAAAAAUAAAGUGUUCCUGGCCCUGGUAGUUACAAAUUAAAAUCAUUUGUUGGAUAUGAUGAAAGAGAUUUAAAAUAAAAUAAAGUAAAAGGAGCCAAAAUUGGUACUUCAAAAAGAAGUAGCUAAAAUUUUCUCAAGCUUGGACCAUCACCUCUAGAUUACGAUGUGUCCAAAUACAAAUAUCCUACCAGACAUGCUAGUUUUGGAAGUGCAGUUAGAUCAUCAAUAGUUCCAAAUGAGAAAACCCCUGGCCCUGGUUAGUAUAUGGUUGAUUCCAAACUUAGAAGAAAUGGACCUGUCAUACCAAAAGCAUCAAAAGAUUUCAACUCUUUAGAUAAUAAUCCUGGUCCUGGGAAGUACAAUCCUAACAUAUCAAUGUCGACGAAUAAAGGACCAAGCUAUCAUAUUGCUGGCAAAUACGAAAAACCAUAAGAAGACAGUUUGGUUGGACCUGGAAGAUAUAAUAUUUAAAGGAACAUCAAUGAUGGACCUAAAUACACAUUUCCAACCUUAGAAAAGAGCAUGGACAAUAAAUCAUUAGAUAUAAAUUAGUAAAAUCCUUAAGUUUAUCUAAUUAGAUCGCACUGCUAUGAAAUCUAAUAAACCAUUGGAUAUAUACCUCCGUACAACUUACAGAAUUGA